GUUAUUGUUUGGUACACAGCCACUCAUUUACCUGACACUCUACCUGGAGUAAGUUUUAAGCAGCUGUUUCGACAGAGAAACAAUGGCCCUUUCUGUGUUUUCGGUUUUGUGGCGGUUUUUGAGUGAAUACACGACUGGUACACCGAAUAAACUCAAAGUAAUAGAUGCGUAUUUGCUGUACGUGUUACUGACAGGAGCUUUCGAGUUCCUGUAUUGCUUGCUGGUAGGGACCUUCCCAUUCAACAGCUUUCUGUCAGGCUUCAUUUCCUGUGUUGGAUCGUUUAUUCUUGCAGUAUGCCUGCGCAUCCAGGUCAAUCCACAGAAUAAGAGACACUUUGUGCUUGUAUCACCGGAAAGGGCAUUUGCUGACUUCCUGUUUGCACACACCAUCCUCCAUCUCGUGGUGGUCAAUUAUAUUGGCUGAAUGAAGAUCACCUUCUCACCUGGUGCUACUUUUUGCAGGUGUGGAGAUGAAAUUUGGAGGCCUUACUGACCAACAGCUGUCUACAAGUGACACCUCAAGCCAUGAAAAUGCACAUUUUAAUGUUUAAUAUUGUUGUUGUUACUGUUCUGUGCUUGUUCAUCUCAGGAAUACAGUUUUCUACCUUUUUUAAAAAGCUGUUUACAAUGACUAAAUGAGGAAUAAAGGGAUAAUAAAACCA